AGUCUAGCCAAUAGUCAGCUGUGUGUAUCGAGUCCUGUGUUGUCCUGCCCAGGGUCGAAGACUAAGUUCCGCGGGGUUCUGAUCAGAUUUUGACACUUCUCUCCAGCUGUCGGGAAAGUUUUGGAACUUUGACGAGGAUACCAGUUGUAAUCAAUAACUUUGUGUGUGUAACCUGUGUGCGUGGAUAACUGUGUGUAUUGUCAUAUCGAGAGACAAAGGUACUUUGGGACAUCAAUACAAUCUCUUCGGAACUUGAGAGCAGUGUAUGUGAUUGCUGUACCUCCUCAGUGAAUAUAAGUGGAUUAACGUACUUGUUUUCAUUUCUUGUAUAGGGACACACUCUAUGCACAUUCGUCAUACUGGAUAUAAGUGGUAGUGUUGAGCAAUACUUCAACACAACUUUGGGAUUAACUUAAUCAACGUUUGGUCAAAGUGAGCACCAGUUUAUAUGGAUAUACACAGGCGUAUUAGUGGAUUUACGUAAUAAUUUUUUAUGAAUUGACAUAUUGGAUUACCUUCAUUGACUUGGGAAGUCAACUUCGUCAUAUCUAAGUACAUUUGUGGUGGACAGACUAACUUUUUUCAGUCAAAGUUGUCUUCUUUUUCAAAACGAGUGCAAAACAUCCCAGGAAUAUAGUCGCACUGGGCACUCAUUGGAUAUAAGUGUUGUUGAAAUGACAGAAUUCAACUGAUUUCUUCAGAUUGGAAUACAGUGCGUCCUGAAUUUUAACAAAAAAGACUGGAGAUAACUUUCAUCUACCAAAAUGGGGAACACAUUCAGUUGUGUCAGUGGGAAAGCGGCCGAUGAUAGUCCGAAAAAGGACAAGGCACCCAAGGCACCAAAACCAGUGGCCGGGUUACCCCUGCAGUGCAGCAAGCCACGUGUUGUGAAAACUACGGAAGACACUAUCACAAUAUCUUGGGACAAACCAACGUAUGAUGGCGGCAAGACUAUUAUUGGUUACGCUGUCAAAAUGGGGCGUGAAGGGCAGGGUGGCUGGCGUAAAUUAACCAUGGAGUGUGAUGAAUGUUCUUAUCAGGCGACCGGUUUAGAACCGGACACACUUUAUAAAUUUUACGUCCAAGCAGAAAAUGAAAAUGGGUUUAGCCCACCGAGCGAAACCUCUGACCCAAUUAGAACUCUUCCUUUGAAACUUGCUGCGGCAGGAGAUGCUGAUGCUGUUGCCGUUGGCGAUGAAAAUGAGAAUGAUAAGAAAGAUGUUGAGGCUACUGCGAAAUUUGGCGCCAGCGCUGAGAAAUAUGUUGUAAAAGAUGAGGAAGAAAAAUCAAGGAAGUCGAGCUCAAGUAGUUCUCAUGGGAAGGACAAGUCGUCUGCUGAAGUUGAGGUUGAGGAGAAGGGGAAGGAGGAGGGGAAGUUAGAGGUGAAAGAGGAGGUUCCCGCUGAGGUAAGGACCGUAACCACAGAGACCAAGGUGACUGCCACAGUACCGGAGGAAAAGAAGGUGGAGGAGGAAGCUGAGGCAAAGGCGGAAGAGACAACGAUCGAGAAGUCUGAAUCGAAGGAGUCUGUAAAGACCACCUCAUCCUCGUCGUCGGAUGAUGAAAAGAAGGACAGCAAGUCAGUCGAAGAUGCAAAGAAUGAUAUCGCUAAGGCCGCAUCUGCUGGGGUGUCGGUUGAGGUCGAUUUCAGCGCAAACGGUUCCUCUGUCGGUCACGGCACUGGCGUCCUGUCAUCGUUUCUUGAUUCCCGCCGUGUUUACCAGUACAGCAAUGAUUCCCUCCUCGACGAAGAAAACGAGGAAGACGCAGAGGUCAAAAACAAGAAUCGCGCCAACAAAAACAUGGAUAUUCAAAAACACGAUAAGCAGUACUUCAUAGAGAUUGAGACGGUCGACGCAGCCGGGAAUUCUGAGGAUGAUCAGUACGAUGAGAAUGAUCAUUAUAUCCACACGCAGGUCCCAAUGAUCGAACCUGUUGAGUUUGAUUGCGACCAAUCAAAUCGCUUGAGCAUCAUCUCAGAAAAAUCUAUGGAGGAUAAUCUUUCACCUUGUUCGCCGGACAAGAGCGCUAAAGAUGGCCAACAUUUUGUUUUUGCAAAGAAAGAGGUCAAUGGGACGAAAUCUGAGGCAAACGUUUCUAAGAUUCCGAUGUUCGGGAGUAAAAUUCCGAGACAGCCAGACCCUGUGAUAAUCAACCCAAUCUCAGCCGAGAUUCCACAACCCAAAUCGAAGAUUCCACCCCCACAGAUUAAGCCACCGUCUGGGGGGAAGGCAGCUCAGGACUCCGGCCCGAAGUUGGGGAUGAGCUUUGGAUUGAAAGCUGAGAAUGAGGAGCGUGUUUCGCCAAGAGAAGAGCCAGAACGUCGAACAUCCAUCCCUACGCUAUCAACAACGGGAAAAGUUGAAUCUAAAAUUACCCCGCCAAGCUCAAUUCCGCGUCGGGGUUCUGCGCCCAAAACAUUCAUUCCAUUAAAGAAGGACAGUUCAGGUGACAGUAUAAACGCCACCCUCUCCGGUAAUAGCUCCGCAUCUGAGGAGGCGGACACCAAAAUUCCCACCGGCAUUCCACGCAGGAAGUCGGUAGAGAAGGCAGACGCCUCUUCAAAAAUCACACCGCCAUCAUCCCGCAUCGUUACCGGAAUCCCGCGCGGAUCAUCCGGUAUUCGACCACCUGGCUCAUUUGGAUUCCAAGCCCGGGUCGACACAAGCUCAUAAUUUUUACGAGACGUUUCGUGUACAUAGUGUAGAUUUCUGGACAUAGGGUUUUUUGGCAUUGAACUGUCUUAGAGAAGUAGAAGGGUAUGGUAUUGCCAGGAGGAUUUUAUCGACUAGGAGUAGAGAUGAAUGGAAUGUAUAUAUUUAUGUUAUUUAAGCUUGUGAAGGAUAAUGGACUGUGGAUACAGACUAUGUUGGAAUUUGUGAGGAAGUCCCAAAUAUUGAUGUGUGCGUCAUCAUUAUUCGAUGUGCCUUAGAUUUUAGUUGUGCGUACACAUGAGUUGGGAAGUGAUAUUGAACAAUUCUAUUUCAUUAACUUUAUAAACUACCGUUACCUGACUAUAUUUUAAGGAUUUUUGAUGAGCUUUUUUGCCAAGGAACUUUUAAUCGGAACUUAACAUGAGGAGUCACUCGCUGUGUGGUCCAAAUUUAUACCAAGCAGGGACAGUUUCUUAUGAAAUGUGGAUGUAUUCUAUGGUGCUCACAGAAACAUUUCCAUUUCAUCACCGUCAAGUCAUACAGUUCAUUAUACAAAUGCAACCACGUUUUAAUGCAUGCUGAGCAAUUUUUAGACAUUUUACCAUAAAAAUAAGGAACACUGCAAUGUCUUUCAAUAUACGCCCGGACAGGAUAUUUUGCUUCACUAUAUUCAUGCUUUGUUCUGGAUGAUUGGCAGCUGGAACCGUGAUUAGCAUAGAUAAUUAGGCACUUAACGAGCAACUGAAACGAUAGGCAUAGACUUAACUCUUUAGGUGCUGUAAAGGAAUUCUAUCAAAAAAUGGAAUGGGCGAAAACAGGCCAAAGAAUCUUAAAAAUGGUAAGAAAUAUUUUAAAAACUCAGAAAUAUUUAUCAAGCUAAAAACUUUGAAAACAGCUGAGAAUAUUGAAAAAGGUAGAGAAUAUCUUGGGGAAAAAAGAGAGAAUAUCUUGGGAAAAUAGAGGACUAUCUUGGAAAAAGAGAGUAUCUUGCCAUCUUGGGGAAAAUAGAGAGGGUAUCUUGGGAAAAUAGAGUUUCUUUUGAAAAUAGAGACUCAGAGUGUCUUGUAAAGUGAAGAGUCUGUAUUAACUUAGGAGUAUAUAACCCAAUGCGAUGAGUUACUCAGUUUACGCUCUUCGAUCCGUGAUCUACUUUACAACUCUAAUUAUUAAGCCAUUGAUUGGAUUUUACUAAUUAGGCAAUGAUUGUACACUGCAGCGGGUGCUAAUCUCUUGAGGUUACAGGUAACAUUGACACUUUCGUUGGUGAGUUGCCGGAUACUGUACCACCUCAUCAAUGAUUUAAUGCACUUAUAGUGGCACGGAAAAUUGAGUAAUUUGGCAUUAUAUGGAAAUUCCGCUUCCUGGUCUGUAAUUAUAUGGCGAAAAACAACACGGAAACUUGAUCGGUUAUUGUUACCGUAGAUUAAUAAUUGAAUUGUGUUAUGGUGGGAGCUAUGUUAGGAAGUCUUUUGACUAUUUGGCUGUUUUGAACUGCUAAGCGUUUCCAUUAUGACAACACAUACAUGUAAGAUUGGCACUAGAACUGCUUAGAUACCGUAAUAAUAUACAUGUAAUAAUAUACAUGUACAUUUUGACAUCUGGAAAUAUAAAGAGAAAUGUGUCAAAGAUUGACUUAGAAUACUUUAAGUUUGACCUUCACUGAAUCUGAUUGAACAUUUUUUAUUUGAACUUGGAUGUACUGUAUGUAGGAUGUACUGUAAAACUUAUAUGCACAAAUAAAAUCGAUCGAGAUUG